AUGAUGGCGGACGGUCACCACGACCGUGGUAGGAAACAUAAACAUAACCUCAAUUAUAUGUAAACGGUAUUGUCAGAAAUGGUAUCAAAAUUGUUCGCACUGGCACUGCUGUCUGCUACGGAGAAUAAUAAUAUACUCACGCAGGGAUUUUAUUGAUUACUGCCCAAAAGUGAAUUGCAUUUGGUGUUGUUAAUAGAAACUAUGUCGCUGCCAUUUUCCGGCUCGAAAUCGAAGUCAACGGGUGUAGUGAGUGCAAUAAAGAAACAAUCGUUGCUGUUAAAUCUCAAACCGGUGAAAAAAGUAUUAAUCAAAUUUGAUCCUUUUGCCCAAAAUGCUGUCACGGCCAGGUAAUUGUUUUCAUUCGUGAUAGUGAUGUAUUUAAAUUACUAAGGUUUCUUUUUUUUUUUUAAUUUUGAAGCCAUUAUGGUUUGUUGUUUGGCCUAAGAAAAAAAUGUAGUAAUAUUCAUAAAUGAUUCGUACCUAUACAUAUACUUCACCACAAUUAAUUCGAAACAAAAUUUUCCAUAUUCUCACCCCAUACUACUCAUCCCAGGUUUCUGGGCCUGAAAAAAAAUAUUCAAUUUUGCCCUUAUAUCUAUCCUAUGCCAUAAACAAUCAGUACCAUUAUAUAAAUAUAUAUAUAUUUUUUUUUUAAUAUACAUUUACUAAAUUAAAUAGAAUAUAGUAAUAUUAUAGAUUUAAAAUAAAUUACAUCACGUUCUCUAUAUAUCAGAUUACCAGCUAAUAUAUUACGUAGAACAACUCAUAUUUUACAAAAAUAGUUGUUGAUAGACAAAUGAAAAGUAUGACUGCAAAUUAUUUAUAAUGCAGGAUAGGUAUGAGAAAUGAUUCUUUCUUUCAAAAUGUUGAAAAAAUUUUUCCACACAUAAAAUCAUUGUUUUAUUAAUUAUAAUUUUGAAUAAAAUAACUAUAGAUUAUUGCUAAAUAUUGAUAAUAUUAAAAUGUUUAAAAACCUUAUAGUUCCUUCUACUAAAGUUAAUCAUAUUUUUAAUGGACUUUUAACUAUAAUUUAUUUAAUUACCUUUAAGAAUAAUAUUAAAAUAACUACUAAUUGUGCUAAUAAUUCCUAUAAUAUAAACAAGUAACAAAAUAUAAAUAAAAUAAUUGAUCUAUAGAUACAACAUGAAUUUAAUUUUGUUUAGAUUAAUUUUCAAUUUGAAUGGCUAAUCCAUAUGUAUAUGUUUUCCUUACUAUAGUAGUCCACACAUAACUUGGUUGGGUGCUGGCUUGAUAUAGUUUACUAUAAAUAUACAAAUAAAGAAACCUUAGCUAGCUGUAAUCACUUCCAAGUUAUGCUGGAUGAUUGCACACCAAACAGAAAAACAUGAUUUUAUAAUAUAAGGUGUUAAAUACUAAUGGAUAUGUUUUGAAUCGUAUAUAUAUAUAAUAUUUGUAAUAAUUAAAAUAUUUACUUCCAUUGCAAUGUCCAUUAAUGUUUUCAUAAACUGGUUUAAAAUUAAUUUGUUGCUCCCUUUGUAUUACAAAAUUGGCUUCCAUGACUAGUUUAUAAUAUUUAUCCUGAAAUAAUAAAAUAAGGUUCAUACAAUAUACAAUUAAUAUAUACUGUUCAAAUUAUUAUUAAUGUAUAUUAGUUUUUUUUUUUUUUUUAUAGAAAUUUUAUGUACUAUUUAUUAUCGCCGAAAGUAAUCAACACAAAUCCCCUUUGUCUUGUAAGAACAGAAGUUGAGAAUAAUAGAAGUGAACCAACUGUGGAAGCUUCUUUAGGUAAACUAUUUUAUUAUUCAUAAUAAUAUAAUAAAUAUAUUAUUAUAUAUUUUAUAUAUUUAUAAUACAUAUAUUUGAAUGUGUAUUUGUAGUGAAUGGUGAAUCAGUGUUAUUUAAAUGUAAUAACUUGACUGUUUUGGAAAUAUUUCAACAAUUUAAUAAACAUAUAACUCCAUUAGCACCUAAAGAAGAAUUAGUUGUAUCUACGACGAAGAUAGACAAAAAAAAAGGAAAACGAUAAAAUAAAAUGGCUAAAAAGGAACAUUAUACUAAAACAAUCAUCAAUGGAUUCUAUAAUCAGAUGCCAGCUUUUGCAGAUGUGUUUGAUGAAGAGUCGUGGUAUUUAUUUGUAAUAUGUUUAGUGGGGUUCACAUUAAUAGUCGUUUACAUUUUAUCUAAAUUUAUAAAAUUACAACCUGUAGAUUGGUAAUGUAUUUUAUUUGUAGAAUAAAUUAGUAAUUUUAAAUGAAUUAUAAGUUUUUUAUUUUAAUAUGUAAACACUUGGUAACUUAUUUUGUUUUAAUUAAAGACUUGUAGCAUUAUUAAAAUAAUUAUAUUAGGUAAAUAUAAUAUUUUUCUUUCUUUAGGUAUAUUUAUUUAUUUAAAUUAGUUAAUUUAACUUACGAUCAAAAUAAUUUAUCUUUGAUAUUACAAUACAACUAAUUUAACUUUGCAAUCAUAACUUAACAAAUAUCAAAAAAUGAGUUUUCUGAUCCGUAGAAAGCUAACCAUUCUACUGAAUUUUGAAUAAACUUCAACUAUAAUAUUAUGUAAAUACAAUAAUAAACUUCUACUAAAUUGUUCUGUACACAUGUUUUUUCAUAUAUUGUGUUUGAAAUUAUAAACCAUGGCAGCCAUUUCAAUCUAUGCUUACAACUGUGCCACACCAUUAAUAAAAAGAACACUUUGUACUUCUAAUAGUAAAUGGGCUCUAAUAAACUGUUAUCAUAGAGGAAUUAUUUUAAAUUUUUGUGUAUGAAUAUAAUGUCUAAGAAUUGGAUAUAAAACUAUUUAAGUUACAUUUAGUUUUUAUUAAAUUUUCAGCAAAAACUAGUUUUUAAUUAUACACGACCUGACAGUAUAAGUGAAUGCAAAUAUUUAAAUUAAAUCAAUCAUCAUUCAAAUAUUUGUUUGUUCUUCAAAAUAAAUUAAUAUUAUAAUAAUACUAGUACUAAAUGUGAGGUUAUGUAUACAAAUUAGUAUUUACUGAAGUUUUAGGAAAAACUAGGUGUAAAUUUAAAAAGUUUACACUUUUACUGUAGUUGUUUUUACUGCAAUACAUACCUAUAAUACAUUAGAAAUAUAUUAUAUUUGCCUAUUUUACUUACAAAAUAAAUGCAAUUAAUUUUAAAAUGGCAUUAAUGAAUAAUUGUUGCUAUAACGUUAUUAUUAAAAUGAAAUAUUGCACUUAAUAAUUAAACAUUUAGAAAAAAAUUGUAAACCUACAAAUUAGUUAUUCGUAAAUAAAUUAUGUACUAUAUGUUUUACAAGAAUUAAUAAUUUUAAACUCAAAAUUAAAUAUUAAUUAUUUUUACAUUUUAUCUUAAUAAAUGUGUUUAGGUAAUAUUUACUUCAAAAGAAUUACUAGUCUGUUGUAGUAAUAAAUAUAAGUGUUAAUGUGUUAUAUUAUUAAUUUAUACAACAAGAUGUACCUAAAAAAAAAUUCCCACGACUUGAAACUUUUCUAAAGCCAGAGAAUAUAUAUGAAAUUCUGAAAUUUUACUUUUAAACUUCAAAUCUCCUAAAUUUUCUAAAAAUUAAUUAUUCAAAGUUCAAAAAAUAUAAAUAAUGUUAUUAUUUACAAUUUCCAGACUGGAUACAUUCAAAAGUAAUAAUUCUAUUCAAAUUUGUUUUAUUGCAUACCCUUGUACUUCAUGUAAUCAUUGCCAUUUUUAUCAAUUACUUUUUGUAUCUUCUCAUUUUUUAGAAAUGUAUUUUUAUAGAGUUGUCAAAUAUUUCCCCCUGAAAUAGAGACUAGGUAUAUUUCUCUUCAUACUUAAAGAUAUUUUUAGUGGUAUCUUUAAACCAAAUUAAUUCUAAUUCUGAAAUAAGAAUUUUUUAUUAUGGACAUUUUGGUUGAAUUUCAUAUGAAUUUUCACAAUGUGGUGGGAGGAAGAUUUCUUUAGCAUAUAAAAUUUCAACUUUUUCCCAGGCCCAAAUUUAACAAGAAUACCACAUUUUAAAUACCCCUACAGACUAAAAUGUAAUACAAUUCUGCCAACUAUAACUGUUUUAGAUAAAUUAUAAAAAAAAAGAUAUUGUUACGGUAACAAGUCUGCUGGGGAAAAAUGUACCCUAGUAAUGGAGCUCUGAACAAGUAUUUUCAUUAUGGUUAGGUAUAAAAAUUCAAACUUGGGUCAACCGUAUAUAUAUAUUUUUGUUAAUGAUUGAUUUUAAUUGUAAUUCUUA